AUGGAUCCGCUGGAUUUGGCACAGGCCUCCAUUUUACGAGUGGCACAUAUUGCAUCCGAACUGGGUGCGCAGUUCAAGCGCCCGGUAUGUGGUCGCCUCGGGGCGCAGUUGCUCCUGGUCGCGGACUACCUCGACACAGCUGGGUUGGACCAAGAGGAGAGGCUACGUUUGCGUAUCUCGAAGCUAUUGAGGGAUGUUGAGAUGAUUUGCAGCUGGCCGCACCGGAUAUCGGGAACUAAUUAUCCGCUCCUCGAGACCAUUUGCCAGCCAUCUUCAGGUACACAAUAUGUAAAGACACGGGCAAGAAUUCAACAGGGGCUCGACAAUAUUACAGUAAAUACAAACACGGCGGAGGACGCCAUUCGGCACAUUCAGAAAUUUACGGCCCGCAACAAGAGAACAUAUCGAGAAGCCAAGGAGGACACAACGACCAGGAAGUCCAGACCAACUGAACAUCCAACUGAUGUCAAUGUACGGGCGCAUAGUGUACUGCAGGAGCAUAUGUGUUGCACAUGUCAGGACGGAAUUAUACAUGAAGCACGAGGUAGCCACCUGGUGCGCCUACUGCUCCGACCGCCAAGUAGAAACCCCGAUAAUGCCUGCUUAGCACAGUUCGAUAUGUUAUUUUCGUCUUCGCCGUGGUGGAACGGUUCUCGGUUCAGCCGUUGGCAAGAUGUCCAAGUGGUCGUGCCGUGGGCUCGAAAAACAUCUAGAAAAUAUGCUCGAUUCGUUGGUGAGCCUCACGAGAGAACAGGAACACCAAUGCGACUCACGCGAAUUGAUCAAGGUCAAUUCUGUAGACUGAUUAGUUUGGAAGCCAAUUCACGGCUGUGCCUUACAAUUCAAGACAGGGAGUUACAAAAAUCUGGAUUUGAGCCCUUAAAGCAACUGGUUGAGCAUGCUCCGGGAAUGUCGCUGGCUGAAAUUCUCAGCAUCUACCACUUGACGCCAAAAAUGAAGCUUGCGUUGGCUUAUAUCCUUGCUUAUAGUGUCUGGCAGUAUUACGACUCAGACUGGAUGAAGACUGGAUGGACUAGCCAAACGAUACAGUUUAUGAAGGAGCAUGGAGGCAUACCCCCUUAUCUCUCCGUUCGCUUUGGUGACGAAGACGCUGACUCGGCCGAGUUCAGUAGUCUCGAUGGACAGAUACACCCUUACCCCAGGAUUCGAUCACUAGGCAUUAUGUUGGUUGAAAUAGGAAUAGGGUUUCCGCUACCCCGGACUAAGCCAGGGAUCAAUGAGGAUUACCUGCUAGCCCUUGAGUAUUCCAAGGAUGAAAGGUUAUGGAGGGAUUGUGACUAUCCUGACUAUAUCAGCGCGGUAAAUCAUUGCCUCGACCCGGGAACAUUUAAUCUUGCCCAUUCGACUCUUGGGCAGGGCAGGAAAGAGCUAAUGGAGGGUCUGAAACAGCGGAGAAACAUCUUGUAUGACAAGGUUGUAUUUCCAAUUGAGGAUUUGCUACAAGGCACAAAGUGGCUGGAACAACUGACUGCGAUUGCGCCUCUGGAAGCCCCUGCAAAAGCCGCUGCCACACAGUUCUUCCCGGCGGAUAUUGAAGAGGCUGCCCAACCGUCGGCAGUGCGGAAGGCGACUAAGUCCCCUCUGAGAAAGCCUCAAAAGGAAGCCAAAUACUGGCUUGCGCGAAUGAGGCAUUUUAAUCACGAGCUUUCAAGGUCUGCUUUGCCUGUCGCGCCUGUUCGGGUUCGGCUUGCAGUGCUAGAUACGGGGUGCAAUGACAACGCGCCAUUCUUUCUAUCCCCAGAAAACGACUUUCGUCUCAGAAAAUGGAAGGACUUUGUGGAUGAUGUCAAUCAUUUCGAAGAUUGUCAUGGGCAUGGUACCCAUCUAACAUCUCUUAUAAUGAAGAUUGCGCCUCAAGCGGAGAUAUACGUAGCACGGGUUGCCAAAGACCCCAAGGAUAUUCUAGGGGCAAGUGAGAAUGUCGCGCAGGCAAUUGAUUGGGCUACCACGGAAUGGAAGGCCGACAUAGUUUCUAUGUCAUUUGGAUACACAGAUGAUCAGCCGAAUAUAAGCAGAGCUAUCCGCAAGGCCAUGUAUGAGCGCGACGGCUCCAUCCUCUUUUUUGCAGCCGCCUCAAACUCAGGUGCAAAUGAUAAGGAAAUGUUCCCCGCCAGACACGAGUCUGUCAUCUCAAUACGCGCAACGAAUGCAAAUGGCGACUUUACGGAUUUCAAUCCCCCACGGAGCCCUACUGAGGACAUAGUUUUUGGCACUCUAGGAGUCGAUGUUCCGUCUGCAGGACUCAGUGAUUCCGGUGAAGAGGUAUACAAAUCGGGCACUUCAGUUGCAACAGCUGUUGCAGUGGGCAUCGCAGGGGCUCUACUAGGAUAUAUUAAUGCAAAAAAAGAUAUCAGCGAGAAAGUACGAACUCGGCAAGGAAUGCAGGCUGUCUUUAGGGCCCUUGCGUCCAAGACACUCAACGACCAUUGUUUGUAUUUGACUCCAUGGCCACUCAUGGGUCAAGUAGAUCAAACUCGGUUAGCUAUUCUUCUAGCAGCGCUCGCUAAUAUGUGA